AUGAGGCGCUGGACGCAAACCCAAUCUAGCCAUGUUUUAGCAGCUUCUUUCGCAUGGAGGAAUCAAUCUUGGUGUAUUUUCGCUAUUGCUGGUACGCGCACUCAGGCUGUUGUUUGCCACAAAGCCUCAGGGUCUCAAGAAGGUUGCGAAUGCGGGACGCAUCCCCCAACGUUCCCUUCUGUCGUUCCCUUAUUGGGAAGUCUACCCAUCGCAUAUUUGUUCAAUCCAAAGGCAUUCAUCUUGGAUAGGAACAAUUUCGUCCAGACUAGGCACCCUACGCGCGUCAAGAUACUUCACCAAGAAUUCUACGUCGUCCGGGGACCGGAUAAUGUCAAGGCGCUCUUCAAAGCUUUCUGGGCGUGCACAUCAAUUCCUUUCGUCAAAUUCACUCUUGGACACGCCUUUGGCCUACCGACGAGGGUGCUGAGUCUAUUUGACCAGGAUGACUCUGGUGGCAGCCAUUCUCUAGUCCGAUUCCUUGAAGGAAAAGGACUUCCGCCCUUCUGGAAUAGGUUCAAAGAUAACAUCACGCAGCGACUGCGCACUAUGUGCGAUCACAUCGGGUCCGACUGGGAUCAUCAUCCCGAUUUGAAGAAAAUGGUCGGAGAUGAGGCUACCAUGUCAAUCCUCAAUGCUCUUUGCGGCCCGCACCUUUUGGUCCUGAACCCGGAUUUCCUCGAGAGCUUUCGGAACUUCGAUCACAAUUUGUAG